AUGGGUCUACCGGAAAAAAUCGAGACGCGUCUCUUUAUCAAUGGAGAGUUCGUUGAAUCAUCAAAUGGGAAGACGUUUGACAUUAUCAACCCCGCCACAUUGAAGCUCGUAGCAAAAGUUCACGAGGCAUCUGAGCAAGACACCGACAAUGCUGUUGCUGCAGCAAAAGCUGCUUUUCCUGCUUGGUCAAAAUUGACUCCAGACCAAAGAGGCCAAUACUUCAAGAAGUUGGCUAGUCUGAUCCGAGAGAACAACGAUGAGUUGGCCGCUUUAGAAGCAAGCUCUAUGGGUCGCCCAAUAGGCGAGUUCUUCGAUGCCUAUGCUUCUGCGGCGAAGUGGGAUCGUUAUGCAGAAGCUGGAUACAGUGUGCAGGGUGUGAUCAACAUCAUCACCGGCUUCGGCAAUGUUAGCGGAUCCAUCUUGAGCCAUCACAUGGAUGUGCGAGCAUUGUCGUUCACAGGCUCAAGUCGCACGGGACGAUUGAUCCAGGCAGCCGCCGCAAAGUCUAACAUGAAGCAAGUAUUCCUCGAACUUGGAGGCAAGUCUCCAGCAGUCAUCUUCGAGGAUGCCGAUCUGGAAAAGGCCGUGAAGGAAACGGCUCACAGCAUCCAGUGGAACAGUGGUCAAGUCUGCAUGGCCAACUCGCGCAUUUACGUCCAAGAUACGGUUGCCGACAAGUACAUCGAGCUCUUCAAGCAAAACUUCGAAAAAGAGGUCAAGAUGGGUGACCCCCUCGAUGCGCGUGAGAAUGGCGUCAACCACGGCCCACAAGCUGAUGAGGCGCAACACAAGACUGUGUUACAAUAUUUGGAAUCGGGAAAGCAAUCCGGCGGCGAACUCCUCACUGGUGGCGGCGCUCCAUCGGGACGCGAAGGCUAUUACAUUGAGCCUACCAUAUUCAAGAACACGCCAGAGGACGCAAAGAUCAUGAAAGAAGAGAUCUUUGGCCCAGUUGUCAACAUCAAUGUCUUCAAGACUGAAGACGAGGUGCUCGCAAAGGCUAAUGCAACAGAGUUCGUCUCACGGUCCCUAGCGUGGCCAAGCUGA